AUGUUCUCUCGACAAGCUCUCCGGAGCCUCUUCAGCGCCGAACGAGUCGCCAAUCAACAACCACUUUUCUCAUACGCAUCACGAGCAUAUCUUCACCAAGCAUCUACCAGCAGCGGUUCUCAAAACUUUCAAGCCACGCUUACUGAGGUUCCACCUGCAUCAUCUUCUUCCUCCGUAUCGCAAACAAGCACAUCUCCAACCACAGAUGCAGCAACACAGCUUUCAACAACACCAUUUAUUAGGAAUAAACUUCCUCUCCCACCUCGUUUCGACUCAAACCUCAAAAUCACGCAAUCCCUCGCCGACAAAUUACCAUACCUCUACACCCAACGCCCUCACUACAUCUCGGCGCACUUACACGACCGGCCCUAUCUCCUCACCGAAGGCGACCAACUACGUCUCCCCUUCCUAAUGCCCAAAGUGAAAUCGGGCGACAUAAUCCGCUUCAACCGCGCUUCCGUGGUCGGUUCGCGUGAUUAUACGCUCAAGGGGAGCCCUUACAUCGACGAGAGGAUGUACGAAUGUCGUUUGCGAGUGCUUGGUAUCGAGUCUGAGCCGUUGCGGAUCAAGGAGAAGACGAAGCGGAGACGGAGACAUGUGCAGCGCAUCAAGAGUAAGCAUCGAUAUACGAUUUUGAGGGUUAUGGAGGUUAAGGUGAAGUCGUUGGAGGAGUUGGUAGAGGAAGGGGCGGAGGUUUUGCAGGAGGGGGUUAUUCACGAGGAGGCGGUGGAUGUUAUUGAGAAGAAGAGUCAUGAUGCUACUACGCCUGUUGAAUAG